AUGCCCGAGACCUCUGAACCCGUGGGUCAGACGUCCAUACGCCGUUCGUUCACCCUCCCCACGAAGUUAAACUCGCCGGCGCAACGCGGUUCGGUUGCGCCUGCGCCAAACCUCUCAGACAACGUCAUCUUCUAUCAUCCCUCCGCGAAGAUAGUCCAUUUUGCUCCUAGGGCCCUCGUCCCGAUCCCGUCCAGUUCCGCGCCGACCGAUUUCGACUACCCCGUCGAUACCAUCGAAACGCUCCCAUGGCGCUCAGCCACCGAGCGGACGGUCGCAACAGCGCCGCUCCGGCUUGAAAGGGUCCACGGAUUGACCGCAUUUCUCAAAUGUGGAAACGUGGUUCACGCGAUCUUGAAAAAUUCGCAGUGCUGGUGUGUUGAUGGGGUGUCCAAAUUUGUCCUACGAAUUCGCCCUUUGACCUACUAUCGCAUCGAGAUACCAUACGAGACAGAGCAAGAUAAAGAGCUUGUCAAGAAUUUGAAGGAUGCACUGCCGACGGUGCUUCGAUACGAGGUCACACCAUGUCCCUUUAAGCGUGCGUUCACGGUUGAGCUGCCCGAGGAUGCUAUGGCACCUCGGCGCAAAAAGGCGUGGCGGCCGAAAGACAGGAGAGACAGUCUGUUUCCUGCGUCAGGGAGUAGCCAAGGCUCGCCAUCUGAAACUAGGACAGAAUGGCUGGACUCCGCUAGCACUGGAGAGGACACAGACGGAGGCGCAACCGACGACGGUGCUCCAAAUCUCCAGAGAACAAAUAGCGCGACAUCCGAAUCGAUGCCUGUCAGAACAAAUAGCGUGACAUCUGAAUCGAUGCCUGCCCCUGAUCAGUCGCCAUCAUCCGUUGACAAACUCGAAUUCCCAUCGCCACCAAAGUCCAUCAGAAGAUCAGUGACCGAGACCCCGCAGACAUUUACUAGCCUUCUGGCUAAAUUCGACGCCGCCUCGGUUCAGGAGGAAAGCGAUAGCCUGAAUAUCUCGCCCGUCAGCGAAACGAAGGAAAAUUCGAGUGUACAAUCUGAGAUUCCAACCAUUCCGGAGGUUAAAAUUCAACCGGCACCGGAUGUUUCGGUUGAUUCUCCGGUCGACCUUGUGUCUGCUCCGCAGAAACAGCCCACAUCGCAACCAGCAAAUCCCACGGUGGUCGAGUCGGCCACAGCCUUAGUAUCUGUUUUAAGCCCUGCUGUAUCUGAGAAGCCGGAUCCUGCCGAUCAGACAUCAGCGGUUGUGUCUUCUUCCGUGGAGUCCGAACCACAGAACGGAUUCCAGGGUGCGUCAGCGUCUAGGGAUGAGACGGCCGCUGAACCAGACACUGCAGUGCAGUCAGACUCUGUAUCGAGUCCCCAGCCAGCACCCUUACUUGUUACAGAUACAAAGGAUGAAGCAAAUUACGAUCCAGUGUCUGCAAACACCGCCGAAUCAGCACCCGAACCUCAAGCAGUGCCAAUCCCUUCGUUCCCGCCUGAGAUCCGAACGGAGCCUGUCCCCAACUCAGAGCCUAGACUUGAUACAACAACACAAGCUCCAUGUCAAGCCGAUGCUGCGCCUAUGAUUGCGACAAAGACUGACCCAGUGUCGGUGCCUACUCACGCGCCGGAACCCGCUUUGGAAGCCGGUCCAGAUCACGAUAGCUCAUUCUCCUCCACACCGGAGUCGUUUCAUUCAGUGGACCCGGCAUCACCAUCGGAUUCUGUCUCGACCCAUACUCCACCUGAACUGCAAAGCCCGGCUCACUCCCCGGAAACCGACCGCCCGAAGGGAGGAAAUAGGACCUGGGAGACAGCAAAAGCCCUUCCUUCAAGCUUGCCCGCAGACAAAUCCUCACCGAAAGCAAAUCAAGACGCCUUGCGUGUCACUGAUGGUCCAAGUCUGCCGCUACGGCCACAGCCUGUGGAUCGCUCAGUCCGAGAGGACCCGCUCAAGCCCUCCUUGACCAUUCCGUCAAGCACAAAGUCUUCCUCUUCUGCCACAGUCAAAACACCAUCUCCCACCGACCUCAAUCAUAUGAGCUCUGAAUUCCGUCGCCGGGCCAAGGCAACCAGAGAGCGUGAUAUUUCUCCGAUGCCUCCUGCUUCGGCUAUCUACCAGCCAACGUCAGGAGAGGAAGCCUCAUCAUUCCUGUCCAAGGCCCUGACCCUCGUUUUGGUACCUCCAGUAUCACUUUUCAUCGUCCUUCUUCACAUCGCCGCACGCAUUGUCGUCAGCCCCGCGCUCAACUCUACGCUUAGUGAUUCUAGCCAGGAAUCUCAGUCUUCGAGCAAGGAACCCGUCACUGAGGAUGAUUUCAGCUUUCCUCUGGAGCGUGAACCCUCCUCGGAAUACGAAGACGCCGAGAUCACCAGGAAGCUAGAUCCCUGGGAUCUAGACUAG